GCUGUCCUUUGGCCGCAACCUGCGCGAGGAGACCGUCCACAAGUUCAACCAGCUGGGUCUGCGCAAUGUCCAUGUCUGCACCGUGAACAGCUCGACCACGGACUACUACCAGUUCCUGUCCCCCAACGCCAUUGCCCUCGACCAGCUGGUGCACAUGCCCGACCGCAUCAUCACCCCGCCCAAGGCCGUCGAUGUCUUUGUCGUCGACGAGUGCCAGGAUCUCGACGAGGGCCUGAACCAGUACAUCCACUGCUUCAUCCGCGACCUCGAGACUUACCAGCAGCGCCCGCUGCAGCUCGUCUUCCUGGGCGAUCCGCUGCAGGCCAUCUACGGCUACCGCGGCGGCGACGCCCGAUAUCUGACCAUGGUCUCUGAUAUCUACCCGGACCGCCAAUGGGGCCACUUUGGCCUCUCUGUCUCGCACCGGCUGACCGAGGGUGUGGUCGACUACAUGAAGCAACACAUCACCGGCAUGGAGAAGGUCAAGCUCGUCGGCAGCCGCCGUCACCACCACGCCAUCCGCCACGACUUGCACAGUGUCCAUGAUGUGGUCGAGGAGAUCAUCAAGCUGCACGACCACUUCAGCGUUGCCUACGACGACAUUAUUAUCUUGGCCAACUCCACCAAGCUCGUGCAGUACAACCGCCCCACCACUGUGGGCGAGCUCGACCAGCAGCUCACUCUGCGCCGCAUCCCCCUGUUCAUUGCCGGCGAUCUCGCAGAGUCCAAGCUCGAUUUGCAGCGCGGCAAGCUCCGGAUCAUGACCUUCAUCCGCUCCAAGGGCCUACAGUGCCGCCACACCUUCCUGGUCGACUAUGGCACCAAAAAGUUCCGAUACGAGCCCCAGCUGCCGACUUCUGUCUUUGUUGCCAUGACCCGAGCCACGGAUACUCUGUAUCUGGUGACUCCCAAGGGCGACCAGCGGCCCGAGUUUGACCGAUACCAGCGGCCUCCAGCGGUUCAGAUGGAGCUGAAGCGCAAGCGAGAGGAGCUGAUCACCGACCGAGCCGACAAGGCCGCCAAGCAGCCCAAGACCAAGAAGAUGCUCUCGGUUGGCCAGCUGCUCUCACACCUCCCCCAACGCCAGAUGAUCGAUGCCUUCCGCUCGGUCAACAUCCGCACGGUCUAUGAGGAGAGCUAUCGCAUCAAUAUCCGCAACCAGAGUACCCAGGAAUACAACGGCAUCCGCCUCCACGAGGAUGUCUCGGCCAUCAAUGGCAACGCCAUCUCGAUGAAGCUGGAGUUGGCUUGUAUGGGCCUGAUCAAGACACCCAAUCGUCGCAAGUGGCGCGAGUGCUUCAAGCAUGGCAAGCAGGCACCUGUACCCAGCUGCUUCAGCUGCCCCUCGGAAAUCUUUGAGCCCAGACCAGAAGACAGAGACAACGUCGAGACGAACCGCCUGAUCCUGCGCCUGGCCCACUAUGCCACGCUCAAGGACCAGCCUCACCUGCUGCACCAAAUCAGCAGCUUGAACUGGCUGGACUCUGUCGAGUUCAAUCGAUGCUGCCGCAACGGAUAUGCUCUGCUGAAGCGCUUGUUGGCCGAAGAGCACGGUAUCGCCGAACCUGAGGCGGUGCUGGCCAAGGAUACCAUCUUUGAGAGACCCGUGAACCUCGAGACCGAAUCGUUCAAGAUCAGCGGACGACUGGAUAUGUGGAUCGAGCCGGUGCAGUCGAUGAGCCGCAUCGUGAUCGAGCUCAAGAGUGUGAGUAUGCUCACCCCAGAGCAUGUCCUGCAGACGGCGCUGUACAAGUGGAUCACGGGUGCCACGCAUGCAUACUGCUUCAACACCCUGACGGGCGAGAUUGUGGAAGUCACCAAUCCAGCCCCAUCGAUCGAGGCGACUUAUGCGAUUCUGAACAACAAGGCGCAGUAUUUGAGAGAGAUGGGGAAUCCCGAGUUUAUUGAGAGAAAUUGCUUUCCAUCAUUUGUGCAAGCUCCUUGACUGCCUCAAUCAAUAAAGCCACAA